AUGGGAUUCUUCUAUAUACUGCUACUGAUACUGCUGGUGAUCUUUACUGCUUCGUUCACAUUAGCAAUCAUAAAAACGCUUCAAGUGGACUUUCCCAAUGUCCAGAUCCCUCCUGAAGUGGAUCAACCUGGAAAGCUUCUCAUUGUCCAUGCACAUAUGGUUAUUACAUCUGCUGUGGGCAAGAUCUUGGAGAAGAUGGGAUUGUGCACAGAGAUCACCUUCACCCGCUACAUGCGCUCAGGGAAGAAGCGGGGCCCGGAGCCAUGGCUCUGCCUGCAGGACAAGCACUUUGGUGGAGUGCCAGUGAGGAUCUACCUGCCCCGUGUGCCAUCUGCUGCCCUGAGGCCUGCCACCAUCUUCUUCCAUGGAGGUGGUUGGAUUUACUGCAGCAUCGAUUCCCAUGACAACAUCUGCCGUUACAUCGCUAGAGAGAGCGGCUUCGUGGUUAUGUCUGUUGGGUAUCGUUUAGCUCCAGAGCACAAAUACCCUGCUGCGUAUGAAGACUGUCUUAAUGCCACUGUACAAUUCAUGAGGAAUGCAGAGCUCUAUGGGGUGGAUCCUGCCCGUAUCAGUGUCUGGGACAGUGCUGGGGGCAAUCUUGCUGCUGCCGUUAGCCAGACCCUGGCAGGUAGAACAGACCUCCCCAGGCUGCGUGCUCAGAUCCUGAUCUACCCAGGCCUUCAGGCAGUGGACUUGGAUUUACCCUCCUACCAGCAAAAUCGGGGAGUCCCUCUCUUACUCCGAGAACGCGCUGCUUUCUUUGCAUUGCUGUACCUACGUGGGGAUGCGCAGUACAAGCAAGACGUCCUGAAGGGCUCUCACGUUCCUCCAGAAAUGAGAGAGAAGUACAAAAAGUGGGUGAGCCCAGACAACAUCCCUGAGAGGUUUAAGGCAAGAGGAUACAACCCUCCAAAAACUCAUGACAUCAAGGCCGAAGUUUUUAAGAACUUUGAAAGAACUGAUGAGCCCAGCCUGUGCCCACUGCUGGCUGAAGAUGCUGUUAUCCAGCAGCUGCCUGAGACUUUCAUCUUAACAUGUGAGUACGAUGUACUCAGAGAUGAUGGCUUGCUGUACAAGAAGAGGCUGGAGGACAAUGGAGUCCCAGUGACCUGGUGCCACCUCGAGGAUGGAUUCCAUGCAAUAAUAAGCUUGCAUGAUUAUUGUGGGCUGAGAUUUCCAUCCGGGAAAAGGGGAUUGGAUAGAAUUGUUCAAUUCAUAAAAGGCCUUUAG